CUCAUUCAUCAUAUCAAUUCGAAUAGUGCGAUUCUCGCGAGCCUUGACUCAUACUAUUUUUUUAUUUACCAUUAUAACAGCUGCUGAAGUGCUCGUCGACGCUAUUUAUGUUCAAUUUAAUAUAAUUAAAUUUGAUUAUUUGAUUUGUGGGUACGUAGACGAACGCAAAAGUGUUCUUAGCCACAGUGACAGCAAUUGAGCUCCAGUGACGGUGACAGCAAAAGUGCAGGAAAAUCAGCUGGUUUUCGUCGGUGGUUAUUUCGGUGGGAGCCCACCGAAAUGAAGGAAAUAUUUUUAUUAUUGCUGCCCCUGUAUUGUCACGACGCGUAAUCACCAUGAAUAUAUUGAUUAUAGCGGAGUCGAUCAUCCGAUAAGCUGGCAGAACGGUGGAAAAGUGAGUAAUAAAAAAAGACGGUGAAUUGAUAAGCCGCACAGUACGCGAGGUGUUGCCGCUGGAGGAGAUAAAGCAUCAUGAGUACCGAAAAUUCGGAUAAAUCGGACUCAGUCGGCAUUAUGGGUCCGGGAGGAGUAAGCAAGGUUUGCAGUGUCUGCGGCGAUAAAGCGCUUGGGUACAACUUUAACGCGAUGACCUGCGAAAGUUGUAAGGCCUUUUUCCGUAGAAACGCUCUGUCGACGAAGGGAUUUACCUGUCCCUUCAGUGAGAGUUGCGAAAUUACCGUAAUAACUAGACGGUUCUGUCAGAAGUGUCGUCUGGACAAGUGCUUUCAAAUUGGAAUGAAGAAAGAGUACAUUAUGUCCGAAGAGGAUAAAGCACUGAAAAGGCGUAAGAUUGAACAAAACAGAGCAAAAAAGCGAAUGAUAAACGAAAGCGGAGGCAGCAGUUGCAGUGGCGGCGGUAACUCUAACGACGGAAUAGCUUCUAUGUCGGGGGAGGGAGUGGGAAUGAUGGAGUCAGAUUUGCCGAUGAAAAUAAAAAGGGAAGGCAGUGAUUCCGACUGUUGGAGCAAUUCUCCAUCGGAUUACAUUUCGGCGGAAAUGAUGCACCGAACUGCAUCCGCUAUAACCAGUCUGACCGUGCCGAAUGUGAACGUGUUUAACAGUGUGACUUCGGCGAAUGACAUCAGUAAUUCAUCAACCGCAUCACAUAAUUUGUCUCACACGCAAGUCGUGGAUGGAGACCUCUUAUCAGUGAUAACAGCGUUGCCAGCGCAGUCAACCGAUUGCUCAACGCAAGCAAAUCAGAACGGUAAUGAGCCGUUGCUACCAGUGCUAUCGUUGGAAUCCAGUGCGGAAGAAAUUGUGAAUCGCAUCGUUAACUAUCCCACGCAUGCGAGUCAAACAAUCGCCAGCUUGAUGAAAACGCCGAAGGAUGCCGUUUUCAUCAUGUCCAAAGUUAUCAAUUCGCAGUGUGACGCCCUGAAGCUGAUAUCGCACUUUAUCACUGCACCUGGCGAUGCACUGCAAAUCAUCAGUAAGAUAAUGAACUCUCCGCUAGACGCUUUGACAGUAUUCGCGCAGUUUAUGAGUUCUCCAACCGAUGCACUUCAAAUCAUCGGUAAGAUUAUGAGCUCGCCGGCAGAAGUGUUGCAUUUUAUGCAACAGCUAAUGAACCAACCUGAGGACGCCGUUCAGAUUAUGAACAAGUUUAUGAACGCUCCCGCAGAAGCACUGCAAAUGAUCAACAAAAUGAUGAACCACUCGGAUGUUAUCGAAACCAUCAAGGAAGCGGCCGAUACAUCUCAGCAUAAUGAAGACGAUCCUCACACAGAGACUAUCAGAUCGCUCAUAAUGGAUCCACAAUCCAUUCCUCCGUCAUCGCAAAGUGAAAACGCCUCGCCCUCCUCUACUUCACAGCACUGCGAAACAUCCUCUCCCUCAUUCGACUCAUUUCUGCAUUUGGGUGCAUCUCCGGCGGAACCGAACUGCCAUCGAACAGCUGCGGAACAGUCGGACGUCAAUUUGUUUCAGGACAUAGAGGGACGAUCCGUUCUGCCGAACACGCUGGAAUCGAUUCUUAUGCAAGCAAUACGGUUGGAGUACGAAGGAUACAAUGGCAGUACGUUGGGGUCAUCCGGUGCCUCCUCGUCGUCGGUGGGACCGCAACAAUCGGUCACGAACAGUAUUGAGCUUAACGAUGCCGAACGGGCAAAACUCAACGAGUUGAUAGUGGCGAACAAGGCGCUGUACGCACCGGUUGACGAGGAUCUGGGAUCACUUAUAUCCGAAGAUUGUCGGAUAAAGUCCAAUCAAAAUCAGCACGACCCGUUGCUGCUGAAGGUAAUUAACCUAACCGCCAUAGCAAUCCGUCGGUUGAUCAAAAUGUCCAAGAAAAUCAGUGCAUUUAAGAAUAUGUGCCAGGAAGAUCAACUGGCACUGUUGAAGGCCGGCUGCACGGAGAUGAUGAUUCUUCGGUCGGCGAUGCAGUAUGACUGUGAUAGGGCUAGCUGGAAGAUUCCGCACAGCCAGGAAGAGAUGUCCAGCAUCCGGGCGGACGUGUUGAAACUAGCCAAGGGUAACGUUUACCAGGAGCACGAACGCUUCAUUCGUACGUUCGAGAAAAAAUGGCGCUCCGACGAGAAUAUAAUUCUGAUAAUGUGUGCCAUAACACUGUUUUCACCUGACCGACCGAAAACGGUACAUUCCGAUGUGAUAAAGCUUGAGCAGAACUCGUACUACUACUUGCUGCGCCGGUACCUAGAAAGUAUCUAUCCGGGCUGCGAGGCUCGAUCGAUAUUUCUGAAGUUGAUGCAGAAAAUUUCCGAGCUGCAUCGGUUGAACGACGAAAUCAUCAGCGUUUAUCUUGAUGUGAACCCGGCUCAGGUGGAGCCACUGCUGAGAGAGAUUUUCGAUUUGAAAGUGCAUUAGCCGCUCUCCGGAGACAUUGCCGGAAACCAUAAGCCAUCCCAAAAUACGGUUAUUUCAUAGCUGGUUCUACUGAAAAUGAUUCUAGUUUCCUAAAAAAAUAAAUAGGUAGCUCUAAGUGCGUCUAGUGAAGGUUGUUGUAAAGCUUUAAUGGAGUUAGAAAAGUUGUGUAUUUAUAAAGUACGAUAUUUUUUACAGCGUAGCGAAACAAAGGAAAGCCGUACUAUUGUUAGAAUGAUAAAUUAUGAUAAAACUUACGUUUAGGCAGAGCUCUAUGUAGACAAUGACUAUACAAAAUAAAUUGCUUGUUUAUUUUAUCACAAAUUGAAA